AGCUAGAAGCGCUCGCGUUCUCUGGUGGAAGCGACAGCUCCCGUUGUGUGGAGGAAGCAGUCACAACCCACGUUUCGACACGUUCACUGAUUUAUUUAUUUUUCUCCUCGUCUUCCUGGGAUUAAAGCGUGUACUUUUGCUGAAGUUUAGCGGCGCGGGGGCUCGCCGUCUGGAGUGUAUGCAGAUCUACGGGCAAUGAACGCAGCGCGGACGCCUCAAACAAAGUAGUCGAAGAGGCAGACCUGUGCGUUUGAUGGCUGCUGGGGAUGGAGCCCAGCUGCCGGCCACUGUAGCGGCCAGCCGGAGCGUAGAGAAGGCGCUGGAGGAGGCUGCCGCCAGCGGGGCUCUCAACUUGUCCAACCGCAAACUCAAGGAGUUUCCCCGCAGCGCCAGGAACUACGACCUGUCCGACAUUACACAUGCAGAUCUGUCUAAGAAUCGCCUUUGUGAGCUGCCGGAGGAUCUUUGUCAGUUCAUCUCUCUGGAGACACUGAGCCUUUACCACAAUGGGAUGCGUUCACUGUCGUCCAGCUUGGGCAACCUCCAGGCCCUGACCUACCUCAACCUAAGUCGUAAUCUUCUGUCAAGUUUACCCCCGUCAGUGUUUCAGCUUCCUCUCCUGCGAGUUCUCAUCGUCAGCAACAACAAGCUGUCUUCGCUGCCCGCCUCCAUAUACUCCCUCACACACCUCCGACAGCUGGACGUGAGCUGCAACGAGCUGCAGUGUUUGCCUGCAGAGCUCGGUCAGCUCGAGUGUCUGAGGGACUUGAACCUGAGGAGGAACCAGCUCACCGCUCUGCCUGAAGAAAUAUCCGAGCUCCCCCUCGUCCGGCUCGAUGUGUCCUGCAACCGCAUCUCUCACGUGCCCCUGUGCUACCGCCACCUGCGGCACCUCCAGAACAUCCUGCUGGACAACAACCCGCUGCAAAUGCCCCCGGCGCAGAUCUGCUCCAAGGGCAAAUACCACAUCUUCAAGUACCUCAACAUGGAGGCGUGCAAGAGGAGUCAGGAGGAGCUGGAGCGACACCUGAGACCCACGGGAUUUAACAGCUGUUUGUCAGACCAGGAGCUGUUCACGGGUCAGUUUGGAGGACUGGACUCUGGAUUCAACAGUGUCGACAGCGGCAGCAAAAGAUGGUCUGGGAACGAGUCAGCAGACGACUUCUCGGAGCGUUCCCUCCGCAUGGCCGAGGUCAGCAGAGACCAGAGGAACCUGGAGGAGGAGGAAGAGGAGGACGCAUCUCCGCUGCAAGCGGGUAAAGUGAACGGAGAGGCUGAGCAGGUGGACUUCAUUGACAGCAGUGUGAUGGAGGAAGAGGAGGAGGAGAUCAGGAUGGAUCCACCCACACCUCCUCUGGCUCAGAAGGAGAGAUCGUCUACGUCCCAAACGCAAGACUCAACAACCUGCAGGUCCAGCCUGCAUGUGGAGAUGGUCCCACCAUCUUCGACGCCCUCAUCUCCUCUGUCCCCCUCCAGUCCCACGCUGGAGGAGCGGCGGAGGCCGGGAACCCUGCAGAUCUGGCAGGAGAGGGAGCGUCUGCAGCAGCAGCAGAGAGAGAAGGCCAGUUUGCUGAAGUCAUCAACCAAAACAGGAAGUCACAUGUCCGCGGCACCACAGACAGGAAGUAGCUCGGCUGGUGCAUCUCCAGAGAACAGCAGCUCCAACUCCAGCCUGAGGCAGAGAUGUGCAAGCGCAGACCAGAUGAGCACAGUGUGUCCUUCAGUGCUUCUUCAACGCUCCAGCAGUAGAACAGACGUCCCGUCCUCUCCCAAGACGUCCCCUCCACCUGGUCAGGCCCAGAAACCCAACAGCUUCCUGUUCCGCACGUCGUCGCGCAGCAGCGUCAAACCCACAGGCACCAUUUUUACUCUGGGUGAGUCCGGCAGGUGUGACUCUCGCACGACGCUGCGCUCUCCGAAAGAGGAGAGGCCAGACAUCACACAACUACGCAAGACGCUGGAGUCCCGGCUGAAGAUCACUCUACCCGAGGAGCUGGGCGAGGCUUUGUCCAACGGCACCGUCCUCUGUCAGCUGGUGAAUCAGAUCCGGCCGCGCUCCGUAUCAAUCAUCCACAUUCCCUCUCCGGCAGUGCCAAAACUGAGUUCAGCAAAGUGUCGACUCAACGUGGAAAACUUCAUCGCCGCUUGUCGCAAGCUGGGCGUCCCUGAGAUGGACAUGUGUGUGUGCUCUGAUGUGCUUCUGUGUAAGCUGCCCGCUGUGCUGCGCUGUGUGACGGCCCUGUCGGCCGCCGCCUCCACCGCCGCGGUGGGUGAGAUGGCGGAGGACGGCGGCUCCGUUCGCCGCCCCUCACCUUCAUCGUCCUCCUCUUCGCCCUCGUCCUCGCUGCUGUCCUCAGAUUUCCUGUUCUUCUACUGUGCGGCCAUGGCCCUGCUCUACGUCCUCUACUGCUACCUGCUCACCUAGAGGACAAACACACUCACUCACACAUGGAAACUUAUACUCACAAUACUCUGGUGUGUGUGUGUGCAAACUUUGAGCACAUGUCUAAUAUUUAAAUAAGACUUAAGAGUGAGUCUUAUGUCUCUGUUGGUUUGUCGCUGUGUCUCAAUCCAGAGGCCGCCUCCGAAAUACAACUCUCUGCUCUACGUAGAAGUUUGCCCUCCUGUCGACCUCCGUUGCCCAGCUACAGAGCUGCAGCUUGUACGAAGCACGUUUCGCUCAAAAUAAAUAAAAAGUGGACGUUGUCUUCCGGCUUGAAGGGGAAGUCCAACAAGAAAUAGCCACCAGGGGGCAGUGCAGUUGGGGAAAAUGACCCUGCUUUUCACUUAAAGUCAUAUAAUUAAACACUUUCCUGAGUUAAUGGUGUCAAUCGCUAGUUUCAGGUCUUCUUCAAUAGCACGAGAUGUUAAUUUUUUCUAAGUUAUGUUUAUGUUUAAGAGGAAAAUAGCACAUGUGAAUGAAUGAUUGACAGCUAGUAUCGUCCAAUAGGAGCCAGGUUACAUCCCCUUCAUGUUUACAGUCAGUGGUUUUAAGACCAUUUAUUUGUGUUUUCAAACGUGUCUUGUUCGAUGUUCAGUUGAUUUGGAGACUUUUUUUUGUCGGUCGCCAUUUUCUCACUUUCAAAAACAUUUGCUUGCCUCCUGCAGUGAAUCCAGAAUGUUACAGAUUUGACAAAAAGUCAAAUUUUAAGGCUUGAAAGGUCGCCUUUGACAUCGACUUUCAAAUGCAACUUCAGACGGAGGCGGAGCUUGAUUUGAGACACGGCUUGUGCCGUACUCCAUAUAUAUAUAUAUAUAUAUAUAUGUAUAUGUGAAGAGCCAUAUAGAGCACGCAGCCAAGCACCUUUAACAGUGAACACUAUACACAACACUUUGCGUAGAAAACACUAGAGUGAUGAGAGCAGGUGAACAGUGAAGAUGCCUUAGCCUAGUUUAGCCUUUCGCUCAGUCGAGGCAGAAACAAUCUCUCUGGUUGGGGCAUGAGUGGGCGGAGCUAAGGAAACACACCCUCAUUUGGAAAACCUCUUUACACUUGUGUGUCUCAGCAGAUUUACUGCAAAAUUUAAGCAAUGGAAGAAGGAUCUGGGACAAAUGUCUUCCUAGAGGACUUGUACAAGAGAAUAAGAGAAAAUGACAUGUAGGGCUGCAACCAACUAUUUAUUUUAUCAUCCUUAUUAAUUUCUUUGUUGAUUGGUCCAUAAAAUGUAUUUCCCGAAUCUCAAAAAUGACGUCCCAAAAAGUCUUGUCCAGGAGGAAGUAGGAAACGCAAACGUAGUCUCAGGCGAGACAUUGUUAGUCGAUAACAACGCGCUACUGAGGAGCGACAUGUCUGUGGUUAAAAAAUGAACCAGUGUUUGUGUACGCAAAACAGAUGCGACAAAAGUGUUUACGGUCAAAGUAGUAUUCCAAACUCGAGGUACGUGAGGUUGCACCAAGUUCAGGGGUGUUCUACAAAUGAAACGCACCAAUAUUUACGUUUAAAUGUCACUAUUUACACACGCUGUCGUAAAACACCAUAGAAGAAGAGAGGUCCAGUGUGUAGUAAAUAGUGACAUCUAAUGGUGAAGUUGCAGAUUGCAACAAACGCAGAACUCACUAUGGUGUCGUCAGUUAGUUUGCAUGUAGAUAUGGAUGUAUAAGAGUUGGUCGUUUAUGUUUAAAGAUCCAUACUUCUGCUUGUUUGUCUGCUCGGGCUGCCGUAGAAGCACAAGAUGGCGGACGUCCGGAAAGCAUGACCCUCAUAAAAAGAACAUGGAAACAGUUCACGCCCAUUUACGCUCCAUUUUCCGUCCCAAACGUUGUCUCCAUCACUACCUCCGUGCAUCUCUUGCAGUGGUAUGGAUGCAUCCUCUAGAGGGCAGUGCCGAGUACAAAGUUCAUCAUGCAUCAAAGAAACUGUUAAAAAGGGGGUUCUUUCUAUUGUGCUUGAAUGAAACACAAGUGGAUUUUUUGACUGAUUGGACAAUUGACUCUAUACUGCCCCCACAGUUUCCUAUGGUAUUGAUAUCGUAAGAUCGAAGUGAUGAUGUGUUAUCUUCCAUUUCUGACAAUAAAUCCUCCCAAAUGUUACCAACUGGACCUUUUAAAGAAUCUGAAACCACAGAACUUUGUUCUCUUGAAAGAAAGUUCUUUUCCCCUUCUUCCCGAAACAGUUGGUGAUUCAUUUCUUGGUUGUUUGUUAAUCGAUUAAUUGUUGCAGCCCUUGUAAACAUGCAGUUUGUUAGAGAAACGCGGCUUUGACUCUCGGAGCAGAUUCAAUCAGAUUACACGUACCAGAGUAAUGGUCGGGCGCCGGGUUUGUGGCAGCGUCAUUAAACAAACACAAAACACUCGAAUCAGUGUUUGGAGCAGAAUUAACAAACAGUGAUUGAUCUGACAUCCUGUCUUAACCUUGUUUUUCUGCUGUGUAGACGAACCACAUGCACCGAGUCUUCCUUUAGCUCCACCCACUACGCUACAAACAAACCAGUGAGCUCCCUUUGUGCCUCCAGAGCUUCUCUCUGAGAGGUCGUGUUCCAGCUGAGUGAGAAGCAGGUGACCUCGCCUGAGACUGAAUGUGAUGAUGGAGUUAUGAUAUGGAUCCUGGUCGUUUAAAGAUCUUAUUUGUCACACACUCACGGUGAGAUAAAUGACACGGUGCCUCUUUAUUGAACGGGACUGACCACUUUAUAUGGAUGCUGUUGUGUCCCUCUGUCUGCAAUUUUUAAUGUGAGCAACAGGGGGCAGUGUCGCUUCAUAAAAAAAACAAAACCCACCACCCACACUGUGUCCAAAGUAGACGGUACAAACCCUUCUAAUGUGUGUGUGCAUGCAUGAAUGUGUGAGUGUGAGUCAUGUUUGUAUAAAUGUAAACAGGUUAUUAAAUUAUUGCUUUUUUUAAUUAUUUUUUUUUUUGUCUGUUUCCGGGUUAGAGUUAUCUCUUAAAAGCGUCAAUAAACCAACGAUUUCACACAAGCACUCGUAGAUCAAUUAGAAGUAAUCAAUAUUCAAUUAUUCAGGGUUAAAAAAAAACAUCAGUCCUUUGAGAGUUUUGGAUUGGUAAAUGGCUGAUUCCCUUCGGCAAACGCGCCGUGUCUGGUUUGUCCGGUCACGGCAGGUCAAUGUAGUGCAAUUAAAAACAGAUUAUAAUCCUGCUCAGUUCAGCGAAUUGUUAAGCGUAUAAAUGAAAUGAAAAGCAAUAAAUUGAAACAUCUAAAUGCAGAAAUAUUCAAAAUAGUAGUUUUCUGCAUCAGUGGUUAACAAAUGAUAUUAAUAAACACUGUACUUGUAUUAAUCCCCGAGCGUGAAGCUGAAAUGUCUUAAAAUAUGGAGUCCCAGAGCAAAUUACAACUUAAAUAACGUUCCUUUUUUAUGAAAAUGGGGGCAUAACAUCAAUAAUUACAACAACACACAUAUGAUUUACAGCAAUGCUGGAUUCUGAUGAGAAUUGGCAGCGUUCAGUCGUUAUUUAUUUCACAUUUAAGCUUAUGAAAAAAGAAAUAUACUUUUCUAACUUGAUUUACAUCGGUCUUUUUUAUCCACCGUCCAGUUCACGUCUCUGCUGUCGCGCGCUCAGAAUGUCCACUGUAAAAACCUCCCGUCCCAUGUUUGAGUCUUUUUUUAUUAGUCUGCUGUUUGAGAUGAAAUUUAUACUGUUUCAAGUCAAAUGUAUAUUUUAUAAACUGUCAAAGCAGCACACAGUAAAUCCAUUCACUGGCUUAGACCAAGCUAUAUAUCUUGAAUAUGUAAGCGGAACAGAAAUACUGUUGUGUUUUAUAUUUAUAUGAUACUCUUGUAUAAAUAAGAAUCCAGUUGUUUUUUUUGAGUUUAUAUAAAUAUAUAUAUAUGUAAAGUUUUUUUUCCUUCUUCUUCCUGCUGUAAAGAAUUUAUUAAAACUGCAAUUUUGACCA